CGAAAGAAACGGUGGAUGGGAACGACGAGAUCGGCCAGCUUGUUUGACGUAACAGCGCAUCCCUGCGCGUUUUCAGCCCCGGAUGGAAAGUUUUGCCUCGUCAUAAUAUCGCUGAUGAAUCUAUGCCGUUGCGAAACAUCCAUGAAAACGGCGAUUCUCCCAUUCAUCGAAUUUUCAGGCGCCGUUAUCGAGGAGAUACCAGCAGUAGAACCGCUACACGGUGACGCGAGGAAUGAAACGAUCGACCGCAAAUCGGAGUACCCGAGCAAAGAACAGGACUCCAAGACCACCAUCGAGCCUAAGAAGAAACCGAUUGACUUCAAGGUCAAGACCGAGCAAAAAUACCAGAAAACCUUCAAGGACGAUGAAUUGAAACGCGGCGAAAGCAACGACGCCGCGACCACCGUGACGACGAUGCCGAUGUCGUCGUCGUCGUCGUCAUCGUCGUCGAUAUCGGUCGAAGAAGCGACCACGAGAUCGAUGGAAACCGUAGCAGCUACGAUACCCUUUCUAUUUCGUGGCGAGCCUAUCGUAACUGCAACGAAUUUCUCGAUACCGAUCGAAUCAUCGACCAGCGACUAUUCCUCGUCCACAGAGAGUAGCACGGAAGGUGUUCACGCGGUGGAGGAGACAACAGCGGCCAGAGGAAGAGCUUUGAAUAUGUCGGCGCCAGAACCGACCAAUUCCUUGCACUCGAACAUCACCGAUCUGAGUGAUGUCAGUAUGGACGACGAUGACAAGGAAGUCGAAGGCGGCGAAUACGUGGCAUCUCACAACGAGACGGCCAUAAAUAUCUCCUCGACUUUGCUACCAACGGUGAACGUGUGCGUGGAAGGAAACCGAACGUACACCAUCGGAGAGAAGAUCGUUAGGGGUUGCGAGGAAAAGUGCGUGUGCGGUGAAAAUGGCGUAGCCGUAGACUGCAAGCCGCUUUGCUCCUCGCCGUACGUUCGAGCGAACCGUGGAAUCGAGGAUCCGCUGUGUCAAGAGAAGAUCGUCAACGAGGAAGCGUGCUGCGCCAUUUUGGUCUGUGCCGCCGAUUCAGCGCCCGAACCGGAAGAAACAUGCGUCUUUGGGAACAAAACGAUAAUGAGGGGUCAACGAGUGGAAGAUGGCUGUUCCAGGGUCUGCAUCUGCGAAGCGGGAGGCAAUUUAAAGUGCCAGCAAAGAUGUCCUCCGAACGACACGAUUUCGGUGACGAACCAACACGAUCGUUGCGUCGUGCUCACCGACCCAAGAGACGCGUGUUGCACGAUCACUCUGUGCGACGUUACCUUGGGCGAUCACGAGAUCAAACCGGAAAGCUCGACCGACUUGGCCGUAAACCUUACGGACGUAAAGGUACUGAACUCGACGGCGAUCAAGCUGAAGUUGUCGGCUAAGAAUCCGCAGGAUGUGACCGUGGAGAUAUCCGACAACAAUCACGUGUGGAGGCAGCAGAAACCUGACAAAGAGGGUAUCAUAUCGAAUCUGGAUCCUGCACACUCGUACUACGUGCGAGUAACGGAUGGAACUCGAACUGGUCCAGCGCUGCAGGUUUUUCUUCCCGCGGAAGUGAUCAAGACGAAUAUCUCGGACAAGAUGGCAGACAAGAGUUCCUGUAGUCACAUGGGGAAAACGUACAAGAUGGGUGCGGAAUGGUACGACGAAUGUAUCUCGUUCUGCACUUGCACCGAAGGAGGUAAAACCGAGUGUUUGACGAUCGAGUGUCCCACGGAUUUUGGACUCGACGUUCUAGACCCUCACUGUUUGGACUGGGAGACGGUGCCGCCGAAUUUCGUCCCGAAACCUCCUCACUGCUGUCCUCAGGAAGUGCGAUGCAGAAAUAAUGGUUCGUGCAAUUACGAGGGCAACACGUACGACAAUUGGAGCGAGCUGCCGGCAAACGUAACCGGAUGCGAGAAGCGAUGUUACUGCGAGAUGGGAAACGUGUCCUGUCAGGCGGCUUGUCCACCGGUCCCGGCUCUACCACCUGCUACUUUACCUUGUCCGUCUUAUCAGGCCGCGUUAAUGCAUCUACCCGGUGACGAAUGUUGCUUGGAGUGGAGCUGCAGUCAUCCAUCCAACCAGUCGCCAGGAACGAACGCGACGCCCGCGUUUCCCGGCCCCUUAGCCACAGACGCGUUCAAUCGGCAAACGAUCGACGAUAACAAAAGACCGAUUAACAAGUCGGAUUCGGCUGGGCUCGGCCACCAACUGGAUCCAGCGACUUCCUCCUUGUGGGAAGAUUCGAAAGACGUUCACGCGCACACAGACACCACCACUCAUGGACUCUUCCACUACCCCAUGGAUCCUGGACACCCAACCGUACCAUACAACGGACCAUACAGUCCCGAUUACAAGCCUACGCAUCCUACCAUAGAGAACGUGUUCCAUUUACCCUCUCAUACCGAAAAACCUUCGACGCCAACUGAACGUCUCAAAGAAAAGGCCAUCAAGACUAAGUCGGACGCAAAGAAACCGGUCGAGCCAAUCUCGAAACCGCAUAAAGACGACUAUUUCCCUGGCCCGUUGGCUCCGGACAAAUUCUUGGACAAGACUGGCUCCUCGAUGGGCGCGAACAUGAACGCAAACGUAAACGCGAAUGGAAACGAGAAUCACCAAUUCAUCCCUGGGUCUGUGAAUCCCAACAAGCUACCACCGGUGCAAAAGGUUCCCUAUGCGACGGAUCAACCGCAGUUCGUUCCGUUGAACCCACAGCAAGAAAUGGGGCCAGGAUUCACGAUCGCGACCGCCAACAACGGUCAGGGUAUUCCACAGGAUGGUUUUAACGCGCAACUAGACAACUCUGCCGCGGUUGGUCCACCUUACAGAGGCUCGACGCUCAAUGCUCCGGAUAACGUCGACCCGAAUGUGAUCAUUCCGGUAAAUCCAAAGAAGAAAGCUUCCGCCAGCGACAAGCCUCCGGCAGGAUUGGGUGGUCGACCGAAACAGGGCCAACGAAAUCCAGGUCAGGAGAUUCUUCCUGAGGAACUGUAUCAUCUGAUCAACCUUCAACAUCCAGGCCUCGUUCAAUUGGAACACGCUCCACCUGAGGGUCACCCCGGCUUGUACGAUAUCCAUCAACAGAUAUCUAGUCAGAAACACACGUCCAACAAUCAGAUACAGCCUGGAUACUUUGUCCCAGCUAACGGACCAAAGAAACCAGCUAAGCCGCAUAUUUACACACAGAAGGACGAAAACGGUCAGACGACCUAUCACAUACACACGUCAGACAUACCGAACUCUCCCCAGCAGAUCGAGGAACUCUUAGCUCAUAUCGGGCAACACGAUCCCAAUCCUGGACCGUUCCAACAUUAUCCCGGACAGCCAGCCAUACCCCAUAACGUGGCGAGUGGCGCAACCGCCACUCUGCCGCUUCACAUUGACGCUCAUAUACCGCAUUCAGGACUCACGCACUUGAAUCAUCCGUUCGCAGCACAAACGCCCAACCAGUCAGGUAUGGAGCACAACGUGCCAGCGGGCUUUCCAUUGCCUGGUGCCAUUCCUGGAUUCCCUGUUGCUUCCUCCUCGGACGAGGUCACCGUACAGGUCCUCGAGGCUCUCGACGAGAACACCGUUCGACUCGUUUUCACGGUGCCACAGGUUCUAGUUGGACUUCAUGGACGCGUCGAGCUGCGAUACACCAAUGAUAAAACAAAUUUCGAUGUAUCAACCUGGAAGUCGCAAGUAUUUGCGCCACCAAACGACCUGAUCGCAACUCCGCAGCUCGAGUUCGAGCUGGGCGAUUUGAAGCCUUCUACCGAGUACAAAGUGAAGAUCACGGUGAAGCUGAAGGAUUUGGCCAACAGUCCCACCAGCAAAAUCUACAGCGUGAGAACGCUGGAGAAACGUACGGAAGCGACAACACUGCCGCCUCAAAUACCGAUUGACGCUGAGCUCCAUGUCACAGAGACAAAUUCCACGUGGAUCAACGUAAUGUGGAGACAAUUCACGGAAUACGAGUCACAAUUUAUCGACGGCGUUCAGUUAAGAUACAAAGAGAACGACGCAAAGGUUUACGCCGGAACACCGUUGAUCCACAGGGCGGUGAGAAAUUACGUGAUCGAGAAUCUUCGGCCAUCGACCGCCUAUGAGAUCGGAAUCCUCUUCGUUCCAUUCCCAGGACAAUUGACAGAGCUGGUCAACGAGAAAACAAUUGAAGUGACUACCUCGAUGGAGCCGAAUCCAUACUCGUUCGACGUGAAAGUGGAGAUCAAGACGAUCAAGUCGACAGGUGUGGAAGUAACUUGGACCGGUGUACCUUAUCCGGAAGACAAGUACGUGAAUAUUUAUCGAGCGAUUUAUCAAAGUGACAGUGGCAAGGAAGACACAAGCACGUUCAAGAUCGCCAAGAGCGACUUGCAUCCGAAAACGGUGAUCAGCGAUCUUAAGCCGGGCACCAGGUAUCGUUUGUGGCUCGAAGUUUACCUGACAAACGGAAGAAUAAAAAAGAGCAACGUGCAAGAUUUCGUCACUAAACCCGGUGUACUUUUGCCGGCCACGGUAUCGCAACAAGCGGGGAAACUUGCAUCGUUGCCCCUUCACGAGGGCGAUUAUUACGGGCCUUUGGUAGUGGUAGCUAUCGUCGCAUCUCUCGCUAUCCUAUCGACCCUGAUCCUCUUAAUGAUGCUCAUGAAAAGGAGAACUAGCAGUAAGGCUGACAUAUCUUCCCGUAAAAGCACGUCGGCGUACGACAAUCCUUCCUACAAGACCUGUGAAGACAUCGUUACGAUAUCGAACGGUAGGAACAAAAACACGGACCACGAAAUGGCCACCAUCAACGGCAACGUCAAAGAAACCAUUUAAGGUUCUAUAAUUUAUUAUGUUUUAUUUAUUUAUAUGUUCGUUCGGUUUUUCCGGCAUCGUCGAAGGUGGUUUUCGAUUGAAAAAAACGAUCGAUAUAAUGGAAGGUGAAGUACGAAGAACGAACAUCACCAAGUACCUACGAUGAUUAAAAAUAAUAUACGUAUACUUGUACGUAUACUCGUGUACGUAUUUUGAAGUUCUGAUAAAAGGAAAGUUACAACUCCUUCAUCGCACCGAUCAUUUAAUAUGAUUCGAUCAGUAGAAUUGCGCACGUUGUAUUAAAAUUUGUACAUAGCGGGGUCAAGUAUCAUUUUGAUAUGAUAAGAUAGCGAUUUAAGAAAAAGUGAAAAUAUCGUUUAGAUAGCUACGAAAACAAAGUCGAUUUGUUUUGUAAUAUUUUCCUAUAUAUACAUUACCGAUUGAAAAAUAUGCUUUCUACUUAUUUAAUGUAAACACUUAAGUCGUAAUUUCGUUGGGUUCCAACGAUCAAACCGCGUCUUGUACAGUCUACAUUUAUAUUGUUAGAGAUCUAUAUAAUAAAUAAGGUGUACUAUGUCGUAUAGAAAUGUUAAAACGUUAAAUGAAUAAAACUGUUUGUAAACUA